AUGCCGGACUCGCGCGGCCGACCACGGUCGCUGUGGUUCUUGUUCUGGCCGAGGCCGGCCUCGCCCGCGCUGCGAGCGGGCUCGCAACCGGGUCCGUGCCAGCGGCACGAGACGGUGCUUGUUACCGGCGCCACGUCCGGCAUCGGCCUCGCCGCGGCGCUGGAGUUCGCGCGCGCCGGAUACGUGGUGAUCCUGGGCUGCAGGAGCGCCGAGGGCGGGCUGUUGGCUGCAAGACACUUAGUGUUGCAUGGGGCGCGUCCCUCGCAGGUGGCGUGGGUGGAGGUCGACCUGUCGGACGAGACCUCGAUAGGGCGGGCGGCGCUGGCGCUCACGCGGGCGGCGGGGGCCUGGUGGCGGCCGGCGACGGCGGCGGCGCGCAACAAGCCGCCCUGCGUCCCCGACGGGCAUCGUGCUGCUGCUGGGCAGGUUCUCAGGGCAUCGGAGCGCGCGGGAGGGCCCGCGGCGCUGUGCACGUGCGCGGACCCGACCGGGGCAGCCCGCCCGACUCUCCCGCCGCUGGUCCUACAGGUGAACAACGCGGCCGUGCUCGGGGGCGCGGGCGGCGCGGUGGCUGCGCCGAACGGCGUGGAGGCGACGCUGAUGGUCAACGCCAUCGGGCCCGCGAUGCUGACGAUGUGUCUGUGGCCGGAGCUCGACGCCGCGGCGGAGCAGAGCGGCGGCCGGGGAGCCGUCGUCACCCUCGGGUCCUUUACGCACCGAGGUGUGUCAUCUAGGGCGGCGGCGAGGCACCUCGCCUGGCUGCCGCGCGCGGGCGCCGGUGUGCCGCGGCUGCCGGCCAAGGAGGCGUUUUGUCCGGCGGAGGCGUACGCGGUGUCGAAGCUCCUCGGGACCGCGUUCACGACGCUGUGUCGGGCGGAGACGCAAUUGACCUCCCGGGUGGUGUUCGUGGCGUUCGACCCUGGGCUCGUCCGGACGGGGCUGAUGCGGCAGUGGCCGUCUGCUGCGGAGUGGUUCGGUCACCUGGCAGGCCGGACGCUGGGGAUCCUCCGGAGUCCCGAGGAGGCCGCUGCAAGGCUCGUGGCGGCAGCGGAGGCCGCGCGCGACGAGGGUCCCGGCCCGACGCGGCACGGGCACGUGUUCGGCGCCGUGCGCAACGUGAUGAUGGCGCCGUCCGCGCUGGCCCGGGACGCUGGGAUCGGCGCGGCGGUCGCCGAGGCUGUGGCGGUGCUCGCGGCGAGGGCGGAGAGCCAGGCGUGA